AUGGACAAUAACGGGGAUAACAUGGACGUGGACGGCAUUCUUCAGCGGCUAAGGGAGAAAUACUCCCCUAGUGCUGCACAGCCUUCGCACUCUCCACCCGAGCCUGCAAGUUCCGCGGGGGUUGCCGAACCUGGCGGUAGGUUCGGCAGUCCAGUUCAUUUAACAGAGAAGCCUAAGAGGCAGGUGAAGUGGAAGGAUCUGGAAGAAGGCCAAUCAGAGGCGUCCACGUGGGAUAACUUUGGCACCAGCAGCGCAUUUUCGGGGAGUACUUUCGCGCUUGUAGGGGGUACAGAGGGGUUCAGAGAUACAGGAGGAGGCGAUGGGAGGAGAGCUAGUUUACCAGGCCGUGUUUCUGGUGCAGCUUCUGAAGCCGCUGCAGCUAAUGCUGCUGGAAAACUGGGAUCAGGAGCAGGAGCAGAAUCCGGAGCAGAGCAACAGCAGUUGAUUUCCGCCUUGCUCGAUUUACAGUCGCUGCUGCAGGCGUCCCAGGAGGAAGCUUCCACGAUGCAGGAAGAAAACGCCGAGCUACGCCGAUCAUUGAAGAGUGUGUGGGAUGACGUGGCACGGGUGGAAGAGAGCAAGGGUCAGGUUCAGCUGCAGUUGUCACACGCACAGGAGCAGUUGGAACAGGCGGAGAGACAGCUGAAACAGGUACAGGCACAGGAACAGGCACAGGCAGAGGCGCAGGCACAGGAACGGCUAUCCCAGGCCAACGGGCAGAUAUUGCAGCUGCAGACGGAGCUUCGGGCAGCUCAGGAAGAAGUUCGGGCUGCCCGGUCUGAGCUGGCGGUGGUUCGGGCUGAGCUGGCAGGUGCACAGGAGGAGGGGAGGGAGUUGGCAGAAGGGUUGAAAGAGGCGAGUGAAGAGGCGAGGGAACUUCGGGCAGAUUUGGAAAUUUUGAAAGAGAGUUUGAUUGAUGAGCAGACGCGUGCCGGGGAAUAUAUGGAAGAAAAUGAGAAGCUUGGGGAGCAGGUUCGGAAGUCCCUGACCACAGCUGCAAAGGCUCAGGCCGAAGCUGAUGAGGUUCGGGAGGAGAAUGAAAGGCUGCUGGAGGAAGUCGGGCAGCUGAAAGAUGAGAAUGAGCAGGCGCAAAGGGUUUUGGCGGCUGCCCAGGGGGAGCUCGGGCAGGUGCUGGAGGACGGGCAAGGGCAGCGUGAAAGAAUGAAGGCACUUUUAGCUGAGAGCGGUCGUUUAAGGGAGGAAAAUAGCAAGCUAAGGAAAGAGCUGGAUGUAGUGAGAAGCCGUGAAUCAGAGCGUGUGGUAAAGAGUACAGGAAUGGAAGAGAGACGUGGGGGGGAGAGAGGAGGAGAGUAUGGGUUAGGGGGGACUGGAAUGGGAGGAGGGGAGAGUGGAGGAGAGGAGGGUGGAGGGGGAGGGGGGGGAGGGGGAGGAGCGGAGGGUGGAGGAGGAGGGGAGAGUUGGCAGGGGAGGGGAAACGAGACUGUUUUGUUGAGGCAGCUGGACGGGAGCUUGAGUGCUGCCCGGGAGGAAAUAGCCCGGCUGAAAGCAGAGAACGAACGGCUGUGGAGAUCUUUUGAUGCUGCCCGAACAGGAGAAGGAGAAGGAGGGGGAAGAGUGGAGGGUGUAAGUGGCACGUUGCAAUCUGCACUGGAAGAACUUGAGAGAGUGAGUGGGGAGAAGAAUGAAGCAGACGAGAGGGCUGGCAGGCUUCAGGUAGAUCUGGCUGUAGCAGAGGAGCAGCUCGCCAGACUACAGUCUCAGGUGGACCAGGAGAAAGAUCAGGUGAAAUCUCAGGUGGAAACAGCAGUGAGGGAGGCGGAAGAGAGGCAGAGGGCAGCGGAGGAGAGGGUUUCGGAGUUGAUGCUACAGUUGGAGGGGUUAGAGGGGGUGGCGGCGCUGCGCAGCGGUGUUGAUGUGGAUCUGCUUUUAGAGAGGACAAUGAGCAUGAGCAGUGGUGGCAAUGGUGGUGGGGGCUCUGUUGCAGGCUUUGCUACUGGCGCUGCUGCUGCUGCUGCUGCUGCUGCUGCUGCUGCUGCUGCUGCUGCUGCUGCUGCUGCUGCUGCUGCUGCUGCUGCUGGUUCUGCUGCUGCUGCUAUCAGUACUGGUGCCGGUGCUGCGGGUGGUGUUGGUGGUGCUGCUGCUGAUGCUGGGGAGGGAUCAGGUGGGCGUGGUAGCAGCAGCAGGGCCAGUGUAGAGCCACUGACUUGGCGUCAGAAGUUUGCAUACAUUCCAGAAGAGGACAGAACCAAUUGGCUGCUGGACGGCCUAGAUCGCAUGCACAGGGAGAAUCAACGGCUCAAGAUCCUCAUCCGGCAUCUGCAGUCAACGCUGGUCAAACAAGACGAGGAGGUGAGUCAGCUUCGGUCCCGAACCGACGAGUUGCUUCGGGCCGAGGCUGCUGGAGCGGCUGGGAGGGGCCGAGCCUCGGCAGCGGUUUCGGGAGCCGAGGCCGCAGCUGCAGCUGUGGAGGAGGUUCGGAAUAAGUUGUUUGCUGCCGAAGCUGAGCAGGCUCGGCUGGCUUCCGAAGCUGAAGCCCUGCGCCAGGAUCUUUGGACUGCCCUAGAUCAAUGCGGGCAGCUUGAGCGAACCGUUGCGUGGCUGGAGGAGGAUCUCGGGCAGGUACAGCAGGAACUUUCGGCUGCCCAAGGAGAGGCCAGAGCUGCAAAAUUUGACGCAGAACGGGCAGAAGAACGGGAAGAGGACACAGCAGCAGCACUCCACGAGUUGCAACGGGAGAUGAACCGGCAGUUACAUCAAUCCAAAGAGACGACACAGCAGCUCAGUACUCGAGUCGUGGUGGCGGCAAGAGAAAGCCGCCUUCGAGCAGAAGAAGCACGAGCGUUUCGAGAAGCCAAGAGCUCGACAGUGGCUGAAUUGAGUCGGGCUGUGGAGGGUUUGAGAGAGGAAGGAUGCGAGGGAGAAGAAUGGGCAGUGGAUAGGGAGGGAGGGGUUCGUUCGUGUGCGUGCGGAGGUGUCUCGAGGAGUGAGAGCUGUGGCGAGAGCUUUGGGAAUGAGCUGUGGGAAGAGUUCUGGAAGUGA